AUGCGCGACGCACGAAGUUUACGCGACGCGUUCGCGUCCACGAGCGGCUUUCGCGCGCGCGGCGUCGCCACCGCGGACGUUUUCACGGUCGCUCAGGAAUGGCUUCGAAAUCACAACUACGUCGAAUACUUGCGAGCGAGCGCGCUGCUGUCGCCAUCGAGCGAUCGCAUGGAUGCCGACGCCACGCCGUUCGACGCCGUGCUCCGCGCGGCGACCGGGGCGGCGCCGAACUUGGUGAACCAAGACGCGCUCGGGGACUGGGCGGAAGAGUUUGCGGUUUGUCACAACGACGUCGAGUUUGAUCGGCGAUGGAACGAUUUAACGAGUGGGAACACCGGCGCGUUGGCUGGACCAGAUCGACAAGUCGGUGGACUUCCGGGACACGUGGUGGUGACGACGAGAGAUGCGGUUUGGGGGAAGUCUAACGUCGGCGCGCUCGCGUUGAGUGGAUCGGAGGAGGAAAAACGCGAAGCGGUAAAGUUUUUGUUGAGGAUGCGCGAGGCGGCGAUGACGUACGCGCGAUCGAGAGGAUGGACGACGUUGGGAUUGUAUUUUAGAUUCUUUGGAUGCGAGCCAGUUGGGGAAGAAGAGCGAGGGAUCAUACGUUUGCACGUGGUGAAUCUCGCGCGCGCAGGGCCGCGAUUGAGAAGAACGGCGAAGGUGAAUUUACCCAUCGAUGACGUGAUCGAAGCGCUCGGUGGCGCUCGUGCGUCACGGCGUGGUGCCGUGUUGAUCGUUUCACCUACGCUUAGUACGACUUCAAUAACUCCUUUACGACGAGCGGUUGAGGAGGACUCGCAUCGUAGUGACGACGACGAGAUUGAAGUCGUCAUUAAACGAGUCGUCGCCGCCGCCGCCGCCGCACCACCGAUCGAAAUCCAGAUUCCCAACAAAUUGAGACAACAGUAUGAAAACGUAUCGUCAAACAAAUCUAAAAUUCGAAUGGCAGUUCGAGAUGCGAGCGAGGAAUCUGGGUUCAAGAGUCUCGACGACGCUCAAGAUGAAUUUUUCCGAGACGUCUCAUGGCUGUCGAAGUACAAGUCACUCAGCUCACCCGCCCGUGUCCAGCUCGCCCUUAGCGAAAUUCAACUUAGCAAUUAA